AUUUCACACAAAUCGCUUAGUUACCAAAAAUGAUCGCCCACGUAUUGUUGAUGUCUCUUGCCGUCACUUACGCAACGAGCCCUCCAUAUGUGGAACCGCCACGUCCAGAACCGUCAAAAUGUCCCCACGACGAGUCCCUCGCCGGUUUGGACAUGACGAAGAUGGAGGGCGGGUGGCACGUGGCGGCUGUUAGCACUACCACGCCCUUGGGAAACAGGGGGUCGGCUAAGCCCAUCGAAGGGCAGACGGUUACCAUUACCGGAAAACCGGGAGAGUACCGUCUCGUCCACUUACUUGGAAAGAGCAAACCGUUCACUCACGAGUACACGAUCGUGCAAGAGGAACGAGAGAUUAACGCCUACAUUCCCGAACAAGUCAACGAAUUGAAAUUUGCGGUUGUUGCCACCGAUUACGAUAACGUCGCCUUGAUAGUAACAUGUGAGCAAAGCUACAAUCAUCACCGAGUCGCACGCGUUCUGGUCAGGCACUCUACUGGGGAUAACCAAAGAUAUCUGGAUCAGAUGUAUGAGCAUUUGCCUGGGCGUGGCUUUCAGAUUGAGAACAUGGAGAAGGUGGAGAUGUGAAGCUUUGUCUUUCUUUUUCAGUUUAUGUCAAAAAUAAAUGCUUAAGGGUUG